UGUCGCGGCAUCAUGAUUGUGGAGUAACUUUUUCCUUCACCGACUUUUAGACCUGACAGCUUGUUGUACCAAGUGCUAACGGCUUUAUGUCUUCAAACAGGAGGUCGGACAGCUUGGAGCUCCAGCGUGAAGGUACAAGGUAGAGCAUAUUCUGCGCGGUACUGGUACGAUGGGAACUUCACCAUUAACGCCAAACACGACGCUGCAGAGGUAGCUCUCACGCUCCUGACCUACCAACAGCAACCUCAAGCUGGCAGCGAAGCUCUUCCCGGAAAGGUGUGGCCGUAGCAGGCCAGCAAAUACGGAAAUAUGGUUAUGAUACGAUGGGAUGGGAUUCAAUGGGCUCGACACAGUUGAGAACUGCUUUCAUUUCUCUGUCUGCUUUGCUUGGGCUGGACCGAUUACUUGUCUUUCUCCCCUCAUCCUUUUUUUUUCCCUUUUUUCCUUUGUGGCCCCUAUGGCCGCGUACGACGACUUGAUGCCCGACUCUUCGGGUUCCGCAGACGUUAUGUACAACAUUCUCGGCUGUCGACAUCCCUCUUUGUGCAAUAUCCUGCAACAAGCACUGGAACACAUCGAUGACUACGGUGCUGGAGUGGGUGGACAAUCGGAAAACGAACAUUCCCCGGUUGCCGCUCGCCGCAACUUCUUUCUACAGGACUACAGAACACCAGCACCUGCCAUAUUUGCUCGGCUCUUUUUGUUUUACACUCUCUAUUACAAGCGGCCCGGUUAUGCUCUUUUGUUCGACUUCUCGACCUUCUGUACAAUUCUCCUCUAUUUCCUUCCAGUUUCGCAAGGCACUCGCACAACCGAGACCUUGCUACGAUAUUAUGACGACAGAACAGUGACGGACAAUCCCGAUACUCGAAUUUGGUUUCAUUGCGUGCAUUUUGGAUUCUUGAUGUCAAACUCUUUGACCUUUUUGGCGAUCCCAGCGCCUGUGUAUGUUUCUUGUGACAGUCAUACCUAGACAGGUCCUGCCAUUUGCUCCUUGUGUACGCGGGUCUAGCCGAACUGGAUCCCACCGGUACCAAACCGGACAGAGAUUCCAAUUCUUGCUCGUGCGAAUCGACCAUCUAGGAAGAAUGGUCCCGUUUCUCUGCCACGUGCA